AUGCCAGUUACAGACCACGUCUUAGGGAGACCUUCUACGCGUUUCCGCAAAAUCCAGGUUUUCGCCGUAGUUUCUUUCUGGUCACUUUAUCUUUUGCGAGCGAACAAGCAUGGCCCCCCUUUCAUUCGGUCUCUUUCCAGGUAUUUCAGCAGUAAACUAAGUGCCUGGCAAACGACUGUGAUCAUUUUCCUUUGGCUCUACGUCAGCCGCAACUUUGCCAAGAUCGUCGGACUGGAAUGUCCGGAACCUUUGGCAAACCUCUACUCACGAUCAUUCUUCCGCGCGACAUGGAUCACAACUGGGUUAGACGCCGGUUUCUGGACGGCUAUGAAGAUUAAGCCGAAAUGCCUGCGAGAUUUGGCUUCGUUGGUCUUCACGGUCUACUAUCUUAUCGCCGCGGAACAAGCGGAUGAGAAGGUUCGACGCGUUCGCGGCACCUUGACUUUAGAGCAUCUGCGUGUGUCGUGGAACAAAGCUACAUCUCCUUACCUAUGGGUGUUGGCGAGCCUGCUCCGUCCCCGAUUGACUCGUUAUGCGCCUCGGGCGAUUCGCAUUGCACGCCCGCUCCACUCCGUUCACGCGGAUCCUGUGAAUGCAUGGUUGUACUUUGACGGACCUUUGAGUGCACUCAAAGAUCAAACUGCCAUUAUUCUAGAUGUUCCAGGAGGUGGCUUUGUUGCUAUGGGACCCCGGAACUCCGAAGACAAACUAUCGUCAUGGGCGGGUCGGCUGAAAGUGCCAGUUUUGAGCAUCGACUACAAAAAGGCUCCGGAAUACGCAUACCCGUAUGCAUUACAUGAGUGCUAUGAUGUUUACCACACUAUCAUGUCAACUAAUGGCCGUUGUCUCGGGCUGAGCGGCUCAACACGCCCUCGAAUCGUUGUGACCGGAGAAAGUGCGGGCGGGAACCUCGCCGUUGGCAUGACACUGAUGGUUUUGCAGUCAGCCAUGGCGCGGGGUUGGAAAGGCGAGGAUGUGCUUCCUCGUCCAGAUGGCCUGGUUCUGGCAUAUCCGGCUUUGAACGUGAGAGUUGAGAGCUGGAUGACCGACGAGCAAAUGUCGUUGAUCCAGGAUAAAGACACUCGCCAGACCAACCGAAGCAUUUUGCAGCGGAAGCAAGAUCAAUAUCGCAAGUUAACGCCUUAUACCUCCCCAGGUCAUUCUGUUGAGGAUUUGACUGCGAUCACGAAGCAAUCACCCCAGAAACCCGAGAAAGUCGAUGUUGCAUCCGAAACGUCAAGAGCACUCCGCGACAAAUUGAAGAAAAGCGAGGAUCUGAGCGAGAAUGCAGUUCCUCAGCCAGAAGACCAGACUCAGCCUUUAAAAACCAGACUGGCCGUUUCAUCAAUGAUAUCUUAUGUGCAUGAUCGGAUCCUCACGCCUGAGAUGAUGCGAGCUAUGAUCAUCCUCUACAUCGGUCCUCACCACCGGCCGGACUUCAAUACAGAUUUCUAUUUGUCACCCGUUCUUGCUCCAGAUUCAUUACUCGCAGCAUUCCCCAAAACCUACAUUUUAACUGGCGAGCGCGACCCCUUAGUUGACGAUACGGUCAUCUUCGCAGGCAGACUGCGCCAAGCGAAGCUUCAUCAAUUCCAUGAACGCCAAGACCUGGGCUUGGAAAAGUCCCGACGCGAAUUCAAUGAGAAGGAUCAUGUUGAGGUGUCGCUCAUUCCGGGAGUCUCGCACGGAUUCAUGCAAAUGGCGGGAUUCUUCCCGGAUGCAUGGAAAUACAUUAACCGCAGUGCGAGCUGGAUUGAGAACAUCUUUGACACAAUGGAUCUGGAUGGCUCCGAGUACAGUCUUCUUCAGGCAUCUCAGCUCUCCAGCAUCCGGACCUCUGCAAGAUGGAGGGGCUCAAUUAAGGGCAAUGGUAGUGCGAGAGGCUACUUUAGCAACCACCACCGCCGUUUCACAGGGGAGUCCUCCGCUGACGAGGACAAACCACUGGAAAUGAGCAUGAGCAAGAUCACGUCAUCAUCUAUCAACGAAGAUCACCCGCCGGCUUCACCAUCUCGCCGCCGUCGCCGCCGAUCUCGUUCCUCCUUCGCAUCUUCCCGAGUGACCGGGUUUACGAGCACCAGAAACGAGUCUAGCGAUGCAAAAGACUUUCUUGCAAAGCUAGAACGCCUCGACCUAGAAGGCGUAGACCAGGACGGAAUCAACAGUGCUCCAGAAAGCCCAGGCGUUCAUCGUCCUCGUGGCCGAAGUAUCGCAUCUUUAGACAGCGAGGAAGAUAUUUUAGAUAGACGCAUGAAUGGGAUUGCGGGUGGUCUAAUGGGAUUAGGGGAAAGGGCACAGACGCCCGGCCCAUGA